CGCUCUCGUGCGCCGCCCUCCGCUUGCGUGUCUCGCCCGCAAACUUUGUCCGCGAGUGUUUUGCGAUCGGAGACUUGCAGUGAUUGUGUUGUGCUGUGACAAACUACUGGAACUUCUACAUAUAACAUUUAUGAUUUGGGUGUGAGCGGACAAGCCUCAGCGCUGCGUAGUGAAAGUGAUGUGACGUUGUGUGAGAGAGCCAGGUAGUCUUCGUGUUGUGUAGUGAUGUGAAGUGCGGGGCGGGGAGGGGCCAUGGCCGACGACAACACCAUCAUCGAAGGCACCGUCAAGUUCCGGGAUGGAAAAAAGUGGAAGUCGCGCUGGUGCGUGCUGCGCAAGCUGUCCCCCGUGGCUGAUUGCGUGCACGUGCAGCUGUACCGCGACUCGAAGGCGCGCUGGGGCGGGGCGGCCACCAAGGCGUCGCUGUCGCUGCAGCAGUACCUCGGCUGCGAGGCCGGCUUCACGCUCGACAAGCACUCCAACACGCUGGCGCUCGUCUGCAGGGACCUCGUCGCGAUUCUCGCCUUCGAGACUCGCGAGCGGCUCAUACAGUGGCAGGUGAAGGUGAAUGCGCACCUGGGCGAGCCGCGGCACUACCUGGUGCUGGCGGGCGGCGGGGGCGCAGGCGGCGCGCGCGGCCGGCUGCCGGCGGGGCCGGCGCGGCUGCACCUGCACGAGCGCAGGUUCGCGCUGACGGCGGGCGUGCCGCCCAAGCUGCUCGGCGUCUGGGAGCUGCAGCAUCUUAGGCGGUACGGCGUGGUCGAGGGCCGGUUCUGCUUUGAGGGCGGCUCUCACUGCGGCAAGGGCGAGGGCCUGCACGUGCUGGUCUCGGACCAGGCGCGGGAGAUCGCGUACCACUUCGACCUCGCCUCGCAGGGCCGCCUCGAGCCCAAGAGGAGGGCCUUUGCUUCUAACAAAGGCGAAGGUGCGGAGAGUCCAAAAUCACAUAAAACUUAUCGGCCUGACACACGUCUAUCAGAAUUGAAUACAGUGGACAACUCUUUACUGGCAUCGGAUCGACUGUAUCAGGAUGCAAGCGGGCAGGAUGCCGGAGCGAUCUCUCCAUAUUGGCCGUCAGCCGAACGCACAAUCUUUCAAGACCACGGUUUGGCAGACACUGCAUCUGUAAAUGAAACCGUUGAGGGUACAGACACUGCAACUUGGAACGCGUCUGGAAAUGUUACGCUGGAGCGAUGUAUGAGUUGUAUUUCAAAGCUGGGUGCAAUGUCGCGGUCCUCGACAGCGGCGUUGACCCCAGGCGCCAAGCACUUUAGCCCGGCGUGGACGAUGGAUGCAGUAAGUGAGACUACGCAGCCGGAGCAAGCCUGUAGCAGUGAGCCCCGCCCUGCGGAAGAUAAGACUGAGGAGUUGUGUCGCUGCGUGCCGCCGCCCGACCGGCCUCCCAAACCCACUAGAUUAGAAUUGAAUUUAACUAAGAAACCUCCGAUGCCACCCCCGAUGAAAACGUGUCAAUGUGUACAUACUCCAGCCGUCGAUAGUAGAACUAAAAUAGGUCCUUAUGAGAAUUAUGACGUGCCAAAACUUGCGUCCACUGAGGUGGAAAGUGAAUAUUAUGAUACGCCAAAGAGAUUGAAAGAGUGUCUCAAUAAUGAGCUAUUUAAAGUUACAAAAAGUUCAACAUCUAACACUGUAAUAUUAAAAAAACCUUGCGGUUGCCUUUUGAAAUUUGGUAAGAGACCAAAAGAACCAAAAAUAAUAGAUUCAGAAGAGAAUUUCCAGCCCGCAAACUGUGCAUGUCAGAGAGUUACUAACUGGGCACAUAACUGGAUAAGACUUCCUUACUGCAGAAAACCAACAACUACGUCGACAGAUAAUUUAGUCCCAAAUAAAGAAAAUAUGAUGCCGAAUUUAAGUGAGAGAGAACGAAGCGCAUUAUAUGCAACAAUAGAUGUCACUCGUAAAACGAGAAGAAAGUUAAGGCCGAGCAUUUCUCACGAUGAAUUCAUAUCCCAGUCUCAUUCCAGAAGGCUAGAUACGCAAAAUGUAGAGAUUGAUGAGGGUCCUUUGGCUAAUUACGAAAAUCUUAGCUUUGCUUUAUCUUUAGAACACUACGAAAAUGCGAAAGAUCUGUUGCGGAGAGCGGGCGUCACGCAGUCUGAAUUAAACGCUAUUGCAACUAAUCUAAAACCUGUUUCAUUUAAUAUAGAUAAUGAUAAGCACGUGUGCACAAAGUGCGGUCAUCUUCAAAGUAAGAAUAGUGGUGCUACUGCUGAUGGUUGUGAAACAAAACAGUGUAAUUCAAGUGAUGACUAUUUAAUGAUGGAACCUAAUUCGAUAGAAAAUAAUAAAAUUGAAUCUAAUAAAUCACUACCUGCUGGAUAUACACCUAUGUCUCCGAUUGGUGGAUUUGCUUUCCACUCAAUGAAGCAUGCAGCAAAGAAUCCUAUUAGUAGACUGUUAGAAGAAAAAUCUGCAAGUAAUCCAACUCUCAGUGGUACAGAUGAAGUUCGACCAACGGCUUCAAAUAAUUUAAAUACUGCUGACAGUCUUGUGGUCACAAGAGAACGAGAUGAAAGAAUAGAAUAUAGAAAACGCUCAAGUUCAGCGGAUUCUUCACGAUUCUUAGAAGACGUAAAAGAGUUUGAUGGUAGUGUUGGGAGUCAUGGGUCGACAUCUUCGAUUGAGACAUUGCGAAAUAUGGCUAUGGAUGGCGAAGGAACGUCUACACCGUGUGAUUGUGUGGUUGAUAACAAACAUUCAGACGCUGAUAGUUCUGAAGCAUCAAAAGGUUGUGGCCGUGGGGCGACGCCGGCAAAACGGUUGUCUUCCGUGCCAGGGAAAACCGCUGGAAACCGUGACUCGUCAAGUUCUAAUGAUUCGGGAGUAUCGAGUUGUUCACUGAGGCCGGGACCUGAGUUGACGGAGUUCGAGCUGCCGCUGACGACAGCAGCCACUCACCGACAGUACCGCAGCGCCCGCCGCGCUUGCUGCCUGCACACCUCUCUCCCGCGCCGCUCCAAGUCCACUGAUCCGUUGCGAGAGUUUGCAACCAUACAACGUGUGCGAAUUCCAGCAAAGUCUUCUUCUGCUGAAGCAGAAGUACCGAUCUUAACAGUUAAACCAUUAAGAGGUGUAGUGGACACGCACAGUACCUCUAGCGGCACCUCGGAUAUGUCGGACUACAUCGAGACGCUCUCCAUCUGCUCGUCACACUCCUCCACUGACACGCCGAUCACGAUGCGGGUGGUUCGGCAGACAACGAGCACGCUCAGACCCCGCUCGGGCAAAGAGUACCAGAACAUGGACGCACGCCUUACAGCCGUAUUUCGAGGGCAUCCUGUCUGUGAACAUCUCUACACAAAUCUGCCGUAGAUAGAUGUCGAGUGUCGCGAGGUGGGGCAGGAGUGCUGGUAGCGGCAGCAGUCAGUGCCACUGCUGACAUUACUCGGAGAACUGACUUCAUUGGGAUCAAGACGGUGAUCUCAUUGAGAGUCUAAAAUGUAUAAAACUAAAUAAAGUGUGGUGAAAUAUAAUUAAUUAAUCUAAAUGUAUGCUUCAUAGGAGUUUGUGAUGGUGCAAAUGAAAGUUAGUGACAUUCCUAUUGACUUUCGGAAAAAUUGGAGAUUUCAAUGAAUUUCAAUCUAUAUAUAUAAUCGAUAUAUCCAAUCGAUACGGAUGAAUGGCAAAUUGUAAUCACUCCUGGUAGACCCAGUAACCUUGAGGUACGAGAAAAGGGUUCAAUGUUGAGUUCGUUGCGUGAAAUCCGUCCAUGACUGUCGCGCGCCGUCUGCUUCGUUUUGUUUGUCUGUUGUUGUCCUCUCUAAGUAUGCAAAUCUAUUUCUCUUCACGAGAUUUUUCAGGAAAAUUUAUAAAAAUAUUAAUAGUAAUAUUUUUAUAAAUCUAUAAUUUCAGAACUAUUUGUCAAACUAUAGAGUUUGACAAAUAGUUCUUAUGGAUGAUUGCCAAAUGAAUACUGAUUAGUUAAUUUUUUGUAUCAUUCUAGAGUAACUAACAUUCAAAAAUAUUUAUUAAAUGAGUGAUCAAAUUUUAAUUGUUUCCUGAAAAUUCUUGGUUUUCUAAUUACAAAUAGACUCGAAAAUUUAUUCACAACAUCUAUCGAAUCCUGUAACAUUUUAUUGCAUUCAGUGGAUCUCAUAGACAAUGCAACAUGGUCAGUGUCAUCAAAGCUCAUUAUGUAACUCGCCAGCAGCGUACAGCCGCUUGUAAACUCGACAGAUCAGAAACAUAAACGAAUUAUGAAACAGGUAUACAUAAAAGAAAUAAAUUCUACUACAUGUAAUAUUAAAUCAACGUAUUAAAAUAAAAUUAGUCUAAAGAGCAGCCAAAUAUUAAUAAUAAUAAUUCCUAGUCAUUUUUACUCGAUUUGGUAUUAAAAUGUUUAGAGAAGCCCAAGAAAUUAUUAUUGUAAAACAUUAUAGGUACGCCAAAGAAUUGACAUUAGAUAUUUUCUUUGUAAAUAUUUCUUUAGUAUAUAAUACAACUGUACAUUUGUAUUUAAGUAACGGUAAAUAUUAUAUUACGUAGGAUUCACUACGCUCUACAACGACUCUAUUGUAUCUCUACUUUGUUAUGACGAUGUAAUAUUUUGAUAUUCGGAGUUUAUCUGAUUGUAUCUGACGUUCCGUAGUAGUAACGUCGCGACGGUGAGCGUCGCGGCGAGGUCUCUUAUAGCAAUAAUAAGCAGAGCAACAGGUGAUCCUUUGUAUGAUAGGAUGAUCGUCAUAGUUGGUAGCGGAGCUCGGGUGCGAUCGGACAAGUGUUAGGACUGAGCGCCUGGGCUCGUUUUGUAGCGGCCGAAUGAAUCCAAAUGUACCUGAGUAUUCAGGUCGGAAAUAUUCGGACACGUUCGCGUGCGAUCGCGGCCGAAGACUGGAAUGUAAGCAGGUUGUAGAGAAACCGACGACGCUAGAAUGAAUUUAUAUAAAUUAGCGUUAAUGAACUUGAAUUUCUGAAUAAAAUAUGA